CCCCUCCCCCCCUCCGAAGGGGAGCCCACCAUCCACCGCGGUAGGCGGGUCACCCGGUCCGGGGGCGGCGGGUGGGAGAAGAGCCGGACUGACAGCGGCGGUGGCCAAUAGAAGAAGGGGACGGCCUGACGGACGGGCGGUCCGGCCAACCGGAGGCAGGCGGGGGCGGGACGUCCUGCGUGGAGCCGCCAAUGAGGUGGAGGCGAGGAGGUGCAUCCAUCCGGGCCGGGGCGGCGGGAGAGCUCUCGGUCCGACAGCGGGAGAGAAAAAUUUUAAAAGAAGAAAAAAAAAACCCCACAAAUUAAAACGUUAAAAACAGUUAAAAGGCCGGGUCGGGUCCGUGAGAUUUGAAUCAUCAAUAAACCCCUCCCUCUUUCCGUGUGCCGGCGAGGGAUUUCGGUGACUGCAGUUUUUCUGGAAGAAACCGCAUCCAUGAGGGGCCGGAAUAGCAUCAAAGGUUCCCCACAGUCUCCUGUGUUUGAAGGAAUCUAUAACAAUACCAGGAUGCUGCACUUUCUGACUGCUGUUGUGGGCUCCACAUGCGAUGUGCGUGUGAGAAAUGGGACUGUUUAUGAAGGAAUCUUUAAAACCUUAAGCUCCAAGUUUGAGCUGGCCGUGGACACAGUUCACCGGAAGACGAUGGAGACCGUGGCUGGCCCCAAGAGCGAGGACAUCAUCGACACCAUGAUCUUCAAACCUGCUGAUGUAGUGGUGGUGCAGUUCAGGGACGUGGACCUCAACUAUGCAACGAGGGAUAAGACCUCCGACACGGUGGUGAGCUCGAAGGUGAACGGGGAGCACCGAGAGAAGGUGCUGCAGCGCUGGGAAGGCGGUGACAGCAACAGUGACGAUUUCGACCUGGAGUCUGAUGUGAAACAUUCCCGCGACCAGCAGAGCCCGCAGGAGACUCUGGGCCCCCAGCAGCAGGGAGAGCCCCAGAGAUCGAGAGUCGAAGAAAAUCCAUCAUUUUACUGA